AUGGGAAGUAAUUCCUGGUCUUUACUGGACAGCCGCCAGAUUCCUGUGACCCUCUUGAUGAUGUUUCGAGAGAGCUCAUCAGAAUCUGGCGGCUGUCCAAUAAAGACCAGGAAUGACUUCCCAUUGGCUGCCCUCCCUUCCCCCUCAAAAAGCGGCAGCAGCGGUCGUGGUGAAGAGGUUCGCAAUAUUAGAUUCGAGCGUGGCGUCGUUGUCGCCGCUGAGGUCGCAGACGAUGCCGUUGGGGGUGCGGGAUUCGGAGGCGGCGGUGGUGGGGUAGGCGGCGCGGAGGCGGGCGACGGCGGAGGAGAGGCGGGCGGGGUUGGAGGAUUAGGAGAUGGUGACGGUGCAGGCGCCGUGCUCGAGGGAGGCUUCGGCGACGGCGUGGCCGAUGCCGGCGCUGCCGCCGAUGAUGAGGACGUGGGCACCUGCGAGUUUGGAGAUGUAUUUGCGUUGGGUGAUUUGGGUCUUGAUCAUGCGCAGUGA